AUGUCUGGUGGCGUGGACUCGAGCGUGACCGCGCUCCUCCUCCAGCAGCAAGGCCUGCGCGUCGAGGGUGUGUUUAUGCGCAACUGGGACACGCGGGACGAGCGCGGCGAGUGCCCGUCCGAGCGCGACUGGCGCGACGUGCAGCGUGUAUGCAGGCAGCUCGACAUAAAGUGCCACGAGGUGAACCUGGUCAAGGAGUACUGGAACUCGGUGUUCAGCGUCGCCCUCGACGAGUACCAACACGGCCGCACGCCCAACCCCGACGUGCUGUGCAACAAGGAGAUCAAGUUUGGUGUGCUGCUGCGCGAAAUCGCCCGGCGGCUGGGCGACGCGUGGUUCGCCACCGGCCACUAUGCGCGCGCAGUGCGCAAGGGCUCGGGCGAGAUGGCGCUGCUGCGUGGAGUCGAUGAGCGCAAGGACCAGAGCUACUACCUGUCAGCCGUCAGCAGCCAGCAGCUGGACCGCGUUCUGUUCCCGCUGGGUGGGCUGAGGAAGGCUGAGGAUGUCAGGCCACUGGCCCAGCAGGCAGGAUUGGCGACGGCGCAGAAGGAAGAAAGCAUGGGCAUCUGCUUUGUCGGCGAGCGGCGCCGCUUUGACGAGUUCCUCGGCGACAUCGUGUCCAGCGAGGGCAAGAAGCUAGGGACGCACUCGGGCCUGUUUACCAAGACGAUCGGACAGUCGGCUGGCAUAUCUGGAUGGCAGGAAAAGUGGUAUGUCUACGCCAAGGACAUUGCCAACAACCGCAUGUACGCCGCGCAGAACAGCGGCGAGAUGCACGGCCUCGAGGCACAAAUUCGGUACAUGCAGAAGCCCCAGCGGUGCUCGGUGUUGAACGGCAGUUCCAAGCUCACAGUGACGUUUGACAAUCCGCAGUUUGGUGUGGCAGCUGGACAGUACUUGGUGUUGUACCGCGGAGAAGAGUGUCUAGGAUCGGCAGUAAUACAACAGACAAUGCAAGUGAGAAAUCUCCCGGAAUAG